GCAGCACGCAACAGUUACUAAUUUACUACAACAUCAACCAACACAACACAACACUCUUUACUUUUACCUCACCCCAUUUAUUUACUUCUAUUCCUGUCUUAUUUUCACCUUAAAAACCCAGAAUCUAAUAAAUACCAAAAAUCAACCACCAGACAAAAAAAUAUUUAACAAGGUUCUUCUCUUUUAGCUAAAAAAAAUUAAACCCUUAAAAAAAAAGCAUAGUAAGAGAUAAUCUUGCUUUAGAGAAGAGAAGAGAAGAGAAAUUAAAAGGCAGAAUAAGGGCUGAUAGACCUAAGAAUCACACACAAAAGUUUUGGAUUCCCUUUACUAUUGCGUGUUUCGUACGGUCUAUCUACCCUAAUCUGCACUGAUUUUUUUUACAAUCUUCGCUCUUUAUCUCUCUCACGCAUUUCAUCGAACAUUUGCUCUGCUCAUUUAGCUUGUACUAAUUUAUACUUUUUCUGUUUUGCUUUGUUUGUUUUAUUGAUUAUUUUGGGUGUUUUUUUAGUUGUUUAUAGAGAUAUGACGGGGGGUGAGAGUAGGGUUUUAGAGAAUGGCGGCGGCGGUGGUGGUGGUGGUGGAGGGUCAUCUUACUGGCUGGAUGCCUGUGAGGAUAUAUCGUGUGAUCUUAUAGAUAAUUUUGUUGUUGAUUUUGAUAGUUCAAUUGUGCAAGGUUCAGCUGAUACUUCUAAUCAGGAAGAUCAUUUGAAUAGCGAUUUCUUUGGUGGUAUUGAUCAUAUUCUUGAUAGUAUUAAGAAUGGUAGUGGUUUGCCUCCGCUUGCUGGCACCAUUGCUCAUACGAAUAACAUUAAUAAUAGUACUAAUGGUACUACGGUUGCCAUUGUCGGGAAUGAUGGUGGAGUUCGGGAUUGUCACAUUGCUGGGGAAGGGGGGUUCGGUAAUGGGACAGCUGAAUUUUGUAGUAAUGGAGUUCAAAAGUCUCGGUUACAAUCAAAUGGGAGUGACAAAGCCGUUGAGAGUAAAGGGCAUGUGGGGAAUUUGAAUUAUGGGUUGAAUUCUGUGGUUAAGAAAGAAGAAGAGAGGUUAAAGUCAUUUGAUAAAUCUGCUACGGAAAACGGAAAUAAUGGUAGCGUCGAGGAACGAAGAGAACGGGAUUUUGAUAGUUAUGGUAGGCCUUGUAAGAUGGCUAGGAUUACCGGUUACAAAAAUGAGAGACAAAACUCUAGUAGAGGACAGUAUGAUGUUAGGGAUAGGGACAGAAGCUCGAACAGGAAGAGGAUGCGAGACUGGAAUGACAGCGAUAGGAGGGAUAGGGAUAAUCUUCGAAGAAAAGAUGGGUAUGGUGGUAGGAGGGAUGGUAGAGAUAAGGAGUCAAGGGGUUAUUGGGAGAGGGACCGUUCUGGGUCCAGUGAGAUGGUUUUUCGUGUAGGAAGUUGGGAAGCUGAUCGCAACAAAGAAGGAAAUGAAUCCAAUGGUAAGGACAAGACUCAGGAUUGUAAUGAGAAGGCAGAGAAGAAAUCUGAGGAGAUUAAGGAGAAAAUCCCUGAGGAACAAGCCCGCCAAUAUCAGUUAGAAGUCCUUGAACAGGCCAAGAAGAAAAAUACAAUAGCUUUUCUCGAAACUGGUGCUGGCAAGACACUUAUUGCUGUGCUUCUGAUGAGAAGUAUUAAUACUGACUUACAGAAGCAGAAUAAAAAAAUGCUUGCAGUAUUCUUGGUUCCUAAGGUUCCACUUGUCUAUCAGCAAGCAGAAGUCGUUCGUGACCGCACUGGUUUCCAAGUAGGCCAUUAUUGUGGGGAAAUGGGUCAAGAUUUCUGGGAUACCAGACGUUGGCAGCGUGAGUUUGAAUCAAAACAGGUUUUAGUCAUGACAGCCCAAAUUCUUUUGAACAUUCUGAGGCACAGUAUAAUCAAAAUGGAAUCAAUCAAUCUCCUUAUUAUGGAUGAGUGCCAUCAUGCUGUGAAGAAACAUCCGUAUUCUUUAGUGAUGUCUGAAUUCUAUCAUACGACACCAAAAGAGAAGCGACCAUCUGUUUUUGGGAUGACUGCUUCUCCUGUUAACUUAAAGGGUGUUUCAAGUCAGGUGGAUUGUGCAAUAAAAAUUCGUAAUCUUGAAAGUAAAUUAGAUUCUGUAGUUUGUACAAUAAGAGACCGUAAGGAACUGGAAAAACAUGUGCCAACGCCUUCAGAAGUUGUGAUAGAGUAUGACAAAGCAGCCACGUUAUGGUCUCUUCAUGAACAAAUAAAGCAACUGGAAGCGGCGGUUGAAGAAGCUGCCCAAUUAAGUUCAAGAAGAAGUAAAUGGCAAUUUAUGGGAGCCAGAGAUGCUGGGGCUAAGGAAGAGCUGCGCCAAGUUUAUGGUGUCUCUGAAAGAACAGAAAGUGAUGGGGCUGCUAAUUUGAUUCAAAAGUUGAGGGCUAUCAAUUAUGCACUUGGUGAACUGGGUCAGUGGUGUGCUUACAAGGUUGCACAAUCGUUUUUGAUAGCAUUACAAAAUGAUGAGAGGGUGAACUAUCAUCUUGAUGUCAAGUUUCAAGAAUCCUACCUGGAAAAGGUUGUUUCGCUCUUACAUUGCCAAUUGACUGAAGGAGCUGUGGCAGAUAAGGAUACAAUACCUCCUGAGAAUGAGAAUGGAGUUAAUCAAGAUAGGACUGAUCCUGAUGAGAUUGAAGAAGGAGAGCUCCCUGAUAGUCACGUCGUCUCUAGUGGAGAGCAUGUGGAUGCAGUAAUGGGGGCUGCUGUAGCUGAUGGGAAAGUGACUCCAAAAGUGCAGUCGUUAGUGAAAAUACUUCUCAAAUAUCAACAUACUGACGAUUUUCGCGCAAUCAUUUUUGUUGAGCGAGUAGUAGCUGCUUUAGUUCUUCCUAAGAUUUUUGCAGAGCUACCAUCUUUAAAUUUUGUUACGUCUGCAAGCCUGAUUGGACACAACAAUAGUCAGGAAAUGCGGACUUCCCAAAUGCACGAGACUAUUGCUAAAUUUCGAGAUGGUCGUGUGACGGUGUUGGUUGCUACUAGUGUCGCUGAGGAAGGACUAGAUAUUAGGCAAUGCAAUGUUGUUAUUAGAUUUGAUCUUGCAAAAACUGUUCUUGCAUACAUUCAGUCGAGAGGUCGUGCAAGAAAACCUGGUUCAGAUUAUAUCUUGAUGGCUGAGAGGGGAAAUCUGUCUCAUGGUGCAUUCUUAAGGAAUGCUAGGAAUAGUGAGGAGACCUUGCGGAAAGAGGCUAUUGAGAGAACCGAUCUUAGUCACCUUAAGGAUACUGCAAGGUUAAUUUCUGUGGAUGCAUUGCCUGGAACUGUAUACCAGGUGGAGUCUACUGGUGCUAUUGUGAGCUUGAAUUCUGCUGUGGGGCUUAUCCAUUUCUAUUGCUCUCAGCUACCAAGUGACAGGUAUUCAAUACUUCGUCCUGAGUUUAUUAUGGAGAAACAUGAGAAGCCAGGGGGUCCAACAGAAUACUCAUGCAAGCUUCAACUUCCGUGCAAUGCACCAUUUGAGAAGCUUGAGGGUCCCGUGUGCAGCUCAAUGCGCCUUGCACAUCAGGCUGUUUGUUUGGCCGCUUGCAAGAAGCUCCAUGAGAUGGGAGCAUUCACGGACAUGCUCUUGCCAGACAAGGGAAGUGGGGAAGAAAAGGAACAGGUUGACCAGAAUGAUGAAGGUGAACCACUUCCUGGGACUGCUAGGCAUAGAGAGUUCUAUCCUGAAGGUGUAGCCAACAAACUCCAGGGAGAAUGGAUCUUAAGUGGCAGAGAUAGUUGUAGCAACUCCAAAUUGCUUCAACUUUAUGUAUAUGCUGUUAAAAGCAUCAAUAUUGGUGCUUCAAAAGAUCCUUUCCUAACUCAAGUUUCAGAAUUUGCAGUAGUUUUUGGCAACGAGCUGGAUGCAGAGGUGUUAUCGAUGUCGAUGGAUCUGUUUAUCGCUCGAACCAUUGUAACAAAGGCAUCUCUUGUCUUUAGGGGUUCAAUAGAGAUUACGGAAAAUCAGCUGGCAUCCCUUAAAAGUUUUCAUGUAAGAUUGAUGAGCAUUGUACUUGAUGUGGUUGUUGAUCCUUCCACCACUCCUUGGGAUGCUGCAAAAGCAUAUUUGUUUGUUCCUAUGGUUGGCGAUAACUUUGGAGAUCCUAUAAAAGAAAUUGAUUGGGAUCUAGUUGAAAAAAUAAUUAGAUCAGAUGCAUGGAGCAAUCCCCUUCAGAGGGCUCGACCAGAUGUUUACCUUGGUACAAAUGAGAGGACACUUGGUGGAGAUAGAAGGGAGUAUGGAUUUGGAAAAUUGCGCCAUGGCAUGGCUUUUGGACAGAAAUCCCAUCCCACAUAUGGUAUUAGAGGAGCAGUAGCGCAAUUUGAUGUUGUAAAAGCUUCUGGAUUGCUUCCUAGUAGGGUUAAAACUGAAACACAAAAAGUGGAGUUGCCCAAAGGUAAACUGAUGAUGGCUGAUAGUUAUGCUGAUGCUGAAGAUUUAGUAGGUAAAAUUGUAACAGCUGCACACUCUGGAAAAAGGUUCUAUGUGGAUUCCAUACAAUAUGAGAUGACUGCGGAGAACUCAUUCCCGAGAAAAGAGGGUUACCUUGGUCCCUUAGAAUACAGCUCCUAUGCUGAUUAUUACAAGCAAAAGUAUGGAGUUGAAUUGAUGUUUAAGCAACAGCCUUUGAUAAGAGGUCGUGGUGUUUCAUACUGCAAAAAUCUCUUAUCUCCCCGGUUUGAGCACUCAGAAUCAAAUGAAGGCGAGUCUGAAGAGAUUCUUGACAAAACAUACUACGUGUUUCUUCCUCCUGAGCUAUGUUUGGUACACCCACUCCCUGGAUCACUUGUUCGAGGUGCCCAGAGAUUGCCAUCGAUAAUGAGGAGGGUAGAAAGCAUGCUGCUUGCAGUUCAACUUAAAUAUAUUAUAGACUAUCCAGUCCCUGCUUUGAAGAUUUUGGAAGCCUUGACUGCAGCUUCAUGCCAAGAGACAUUCUGCUAUGAGAGAGCAGAACUUUUAGGAGAUGCUUACCUAAAAUGGGUUGUUAGUCGAUUUCUUUUUAUUAAAUAUCCUCAGAAACAUGAGGGUCAACUGACUAGAAUGAGGCAACAAAUGGUGAGUAACAUGGUCUUAUAUCAAUUUGCAUUGGUUAAAGGACUUCAGUCAUAUAUACAGGCAGAUCGUUUUGCUCCGUCUAGAUGGGCUGCUCCUGGGGUAUUACCUGUUUUUGAUGAGGAUACAAAGGAUGGCGACUUCUUAUUUGGUCAGGAGAAAUCACUUUCUGAUGAUAAACCAAGAGUCGAUAAUGCUGAUGAUGGAUAUGAAAAUGAUGAAAUUGAGGAUGGUGAGCUUGAAAGUGACUCUAGUUCUUAUAGAGUCCUUUCCAGCAAGACAUUGGCAGAUGUUGUUGAAGCAUUGAUUGGUGUUUACUAUGUCGAAGGUGGUAAAAUUGCAGCAAACCACCUCAUGAAAUGGAUAGGGAUUCAGGUAGAAUUUGAUCAUGAAGAGAAAGAUUCUGCAAUAAGACCAUCCAGUAUUCCAGAAAGCAUGCUUAGAAGUAUUGAUUUUGAUACUCUAGAAGGUGCUUUGAACAUUAAGUUCAAAGAUCGAAGCCUCUUGGUGGAAGCUAUCACUCAUGCAUCGCGACCAUCUUCUGGAGUAUCCUGUUAUCAACGAUUAGAAUUUGUUGGUGAUGCAGUCCUAGAUCAUCUUAUUACGAAGCACUUAUUUUUCACAUACACAGAUCUUCCCCCUGGUCGUCUGACAGAUUUACGAGCUGCUGCUGUAAACAAUGAAAACUUUGCACGUGUUGCAGUUAAACAUAAGCUCCAUGUGCACCUACGGCAUGGAUCAAGUGCCCUCGAAAAGCAGAUUCGGGAUUUUGUCAAGGAAGUUCAAAAUGAAUUAUCAAAGCCAGGUUUCAACUCCUUUGGCUUGGGGGAUUGCAAAGCCCCAAAGGUUCUUGGUGAUAUUUUCGAGUCUAUUGCAGGUGCUAUUUUCAUGGACAGUGGACGAGAUACAAUGGUUGUUUGGAAGGUUUUUCAACCUCUGUUGCAUCCAAUGGUGACUCCAGAAACCCUUCCUAUGCAUCCUGUCAGAGAGCUUCAAGAACGAUGCCAGCAGCAGGCUGAAGGCCUGGAAUACAAAGCCACACGAAGUGGCAAUGUGGCUACGGUGGAAGUUUUUGUAGAUGGUGUCCAGGUGGGAGUUGCUCAGAAUGCUCAAAAGAAGAUGGCACAGAAACUCGCUGCUAGGAAUGCGCUUGCUCUUUUAAAAGACAAGGAAACAGCUGAAUCUAAGGAAAACGAAGAAGAAAAUGGAAAAAAGAAGAAAAACGGAAACCAAACAUUUACCAGGCAAACCUUAAAUGAUAUAUGUCUGCGUAGGAAUUGGCCUAUGCCUUUUUAUCGGUGUGUGAGUGAGGGUGGCCCUGCACAUGCAAAACGGUUUACAUUUGCAGUUCGUGUAAAUACUAAUGAUAAGGGUUGGACUGAUGAAUGCAUUGGGGAGCCGAUGCCAAGUGUAAAAAAGGCCAAGGACUCCGCUGCGGUUCUCCUCUUGGAUCUUUUGAAUAACUGGUACUCUUGACACAUCAUUAGUAGCCAUUUAUGCAAUUAAUUUAAAUUGAUAUCUAAUCUUAUUGCCACAUUCUGCUCUUCGUGUAACAUGAUAAACCACAUCCUAUUGUAAUUUUGAAAAUGCUACAAUAAGAACUUGAU